GCGUGGGGUGCGGGCAGAGUGCGGCACAGAAAGCUGCUCUUGUUUGUCUUCUGGGCCUGAGUGAGGAAGGAAGGUCACGUGAUCAACUCAGCAGCCUGGGCAUCUAUCCUAAGAUGUCUCCUCAUCGGACCUGGGGCUUUGGUUACCCCUCCACGCGCCCUCAUCUGCCAUCACUUGCCCAGCCCUGGCCUUGGCUUGGCCUGGGACCCUGGAGUGAGAGGAGGCCUGGCCUCACCUUCAGGUCCCCACGCAAGAGAUUGUGACCUGAAAGAAGAUGGUGUGUGCCAGAUGGGUAUAGCAAGGUCAAAGGGGCAGGGAACAGUGAGGGGUGGAGCGGUGUAGAACACUUCCUGGAGCCAGGAGGAUGGAGGCUAGAUCUCGACAGGGAAGACAUGUGCACAGGGAAGGGGAGAGGACGAUCUGGGAAGGAAGAACACGAGCGAAGGUGUGGCAGGAGCCAUGGCAGGGGUCGUGCAGGAAAGGACCAGGUGGACUUCGGCUCGACAGAGCCACACACAGUACUUUUCCAUGAGCCAGGCAAAGAUUCCGUGUGGGUGGGUGGACGUGGCAAGGUCUACCGCGUCAGCUUCCCCGAGGGCAAGAACGCCUCUGUGCACACGGUGAAUUUUGGCUCCACAAAGGGGUCCUGUGUGGACAAGCAGGACUGUGAGAACUACAUCACGCUCAUUGAGAAGCAGGGCCGGGGGCUGCUGGUCUGUGGCACCAAUGCGCGGCGCCCCAGCUGCUGGACCCUGGUGAAUGACACCGUGGAGUCGCUUGGUGAGAGAAGAGGCUAUGCCCCAUUUAGCCCAGAUGAGAACUCCCUGGUUCUGUUUGAUGGGGAAGAGGUGUACUCCACAAUCCGGAAGCAAGAAUACAAUGGAAAGAUCCCUCGUUUCCGCCGCAUCCAGGGGGAGAUUGAACUGUACACCAGCGACACCGUCAUGCAGAACCCGCAGUUCAUUAAGGCCACCAUUGUGCACCAGGACCAGGACUACGAUGACAAGAUCUACUACUUCUUCCGGGAGGACAACCCGGACAAGAAUCCCGAGGCUCCUCUCAACGUGUCCCGCGUGGCCCAGCUGUGCAGGGGGGACCAGGGUGGUGAGAGUUCACUGUCAGUCUCCAAGUGGAACACCUUCCUGAAAGCCAUGCUGGUGUGCAGCGACCCUACUACCAACAAGAACUUCAACAGGCUGCAGGACGUCUUCCUGCUCCCUGACCCCAAUGGCCAGUGGAGGGACACUAGGGUCUAUGGCGUUUUCUCCAACCCCUGGAACUACUCAGCUGUCUGUGUGUAUUCCCUCGGGGACAUUGACAAGGUCUUCCGUACUUCUUCACUCAAGGGCUACCACUCAAGCCUCCCCAACCCUCGGCCUGGCAAGUGCCUCCCAGACCGGCAGCCGAUACCCACGGAGACCUUCCAGGUGGCCGACAGUCACCCUGAGGUGGUGCAGAGGGUGGAGCCCAUGGGACCUCAGAAGACACCACUGUUUCACUCUAAGUACCACUACCAGAAAGUAGUUGUCCAUCGCAUGAACGCCAGCAACGGGGAUGUCUUCCGUGUGCUUUACCUAACCACAGACAGGGGCACCAUCCACAAGGUGGUGGAGUCAAGGGAGUUGGAACACAGCUUCGUUUUCAACAUCAUAGAGAUCCAACCCUUCCGCCGUGCGGCCACCAUCCAAGCCAUGUCACUGGACGCUGACUGGCGGAAACUGUACGUGAGCUCCCAGUGGGAGGUGAGCCAGGUGCCCCUGGACCUGUGUGACGUCUACGGCGGGGGCUGCCAUGGCUGCCUCAUGGCCCGAGACCCCUACUGUGGCUGGGACAAGGGCCGCUGUGUCUCCAUCUACAGCGUCCAAAGGCCAGUGCUGCAGUCCAUUAAUCCAGCUGAGCCACACAAACAGUGUCCCAACCCAAAGCCAGAGGAGGCCCCAGUGCAGAAGGUCUCCCUGGCCCAGAACUCUCGCUACUACCUGAGCUGCCCUAUGGAGUCCCGCCACGCCACCUACUGGUGGCGCCACGGGCAGAAGGUGGAGCAGAGCUGCGAGCCUGGCCACCAGAGUCCCAACUGCAUCCUGUUCAUCGAGAACCUCACGGCCGGCCACUAUGGCCACUACUACUGCGAGGCCCAGGAGGGCUCCUACCUCCACAAGGCUCAGCACUGGCAGCUGCUGUCCGAGGAUGAGGCCAAGGCUGAGCAGCUGCAGAGCCAUGCCCACACCCGUGUGGCCUCCCUCUGGCUAGGGGUCCUGCCCACACUCACUCUGGGCCUGCUGGUCCAUUAGGGCCUCCUGGGGCUGGGCGUGCUGUGGGCUCUGCAGCCCCAGGGCACUAGAGAAGUCUCACCCUCAGAGCCGCCGGCCCAGGAAUUCCUUGCCCACCGCUGCUCUCAGGGGGACUGCAUAACCCCAUGGGGGACACCAGGCCUGGAGAUGGCCAGUCGCAGGCAACUGCUGGGUCCGGGUGGCGCGAGGGCAGUGGAGGCCGGAGAAUGAAGGCGUUUACUGUGAAACGGGCAUCGAUGACCCAAGACUUUAUCUUCUGCAGACUAUUUUCCAAAAACCCCUCCUCAGACUUGACUAAAUGCAGUGAUGCUCCCUGCCCAAGAGCCUGUGGGCCACAGAGGAGUUGGGGAAGGGGAGCUGGGACUCAGUGUGUGGACCUUCGGGCUAAGGUCUGAGUCUUUUUGGACUCUCUGUACCCAGAUUGCCCCCUCAUCCUCCCUCCUGCCAUGGCUGGGGCUGGCUGGUGUUCCUGCAGGCCCAGGGAUGCCCUCUGCGGCCCCCUCACCAGCCCUGGGUCCCAUUAAGGCAGCCUCCUUGCAUGUUUAUUGAAGGAUGUUUGCUUUCCGGACGGAAGGACGGAAAAAGCUCUAUUUUUAUGUUAGGCUUAUUUCAUGUAUAGCUACUUCCGACUGCAUCUGUAUGAAAAUACCAAAACUACAUGCUGGGGGUGGGGCGGGAGAGGGAGGGACUGGGGAGAGAGGGGUUGUAGGGGGUCCCAGUCUGAGGCUCCCGGGGGAUGGGAUAAGAGUCCAGGGACAUGGUGGCAUGAGUUCAAGGAGAUGGCAUGAGCUGGCUCUGCCCCGGGAGCUCAGGCUGGGGUGGGAGUGGGGGGGCAUCGUCCAAGCCCCCUGUGUGGAGGGGGUGGUAACGGGAGGGGGUGGGGUGAGGGAGACGGGAGAAUGAAGGAGAAAACUGAGCCCUAGUUUCACACGUUCAUUCAGAAGGAGUUGGGUCCUCAGGGGGGGGCUCCAGGACUCUGCCCUUGGCAUUGAGGGUGGGGGUGGGGGUCCGCUCCCCUCCUCUACCCCCGUCCCCAGGGCCUGUGCUUCCAUGCUCCUAGCCUCCCACCUUCAGCUCAGGACAUGUUAUAACUUAGGCUAAACUGUGAAUUCUGGUGGGGACUGCCUGGGCCAAGCUCUCCAGGUGGGUGGCUCUGCCCCAGCCCUGUCCAUGGAUUUCAGCAGAGAGCUGGGUCUUCUCCGGCAUGUCUGGCCACCCCAGGGCAGGGCCUGGAGCCAGCGGCCUUCCAGCUUUGGCCCCUGCAUCUCUUCUCAAUGCACUUUAAUGAUGUAAUAUAUUACUAAUAAACAAGCUAUUUAUUUA